GUUCAUCCACCUUUUUAAACUGCGCGGACGGUUGUGUUUAUCUUAGUGCCGGGUCAUACCUGUAUUUCUUCUCAUUUGUCUACACACUCUGGGAUUAGAACCAGGGACGUUGGGUCUGAGGCGCCAACACAGGAAAAAAGAUGCAUCGAAAGAGAUUCGUACGACUAGGUCUGGUCCAAAUGGGUCUGUCACUAGUCGGGUCGUGUAUGGGACUGGGUGCAGUGUCGGUCGGUGUGCACGAAAUGUUGGGCGGAUUUUACCGAGUCGUCUUCAUUCUGACGGUAGCGUCCUUUCUCUUGGGCCAGCUGCUGUACUGCACGGCGUUCCUGGCCAGUAAUAUGAACAAACAGACCGCCGCCGCCAGACGGAAAGCUAAACUGUUUUACGUGGCGAUGUCUGUGUUCUCCAUGUUGGCGACCAUCACCUGCGCAGUCUGCAGUCUGGUCGGCUUCUUCAGAGGGAAGGAGGUGGAAUAUGAGCACGUUUAUCUCGAACGGCGUAUCAGCGGUGGAGCCAUGGCGCUGUUCCUGGCCACAGAGGCCGUAGCGUUCCUGAACGCCACGGGGGCCUUCGUGUGCGCCCUGCUGGUGACGCUGGACGUGUGCGUGUCCGUCCCGCCUCAAGGCGAGGGGGACCCCGAGGAGCGGCGCCAGUUCACCCGCUCAUCUAGCGAGAGAUCCUCCACCGAGAUGACUCCGCGAGUGGUUCAGGCUAGGUUCCAGGCGGUACCGACUCUUCGCCGCUCCAACAAUGGUGCCUUCACCCUCCAGGGGGCGUACCGCGUCUGCCGUCUUCCGGGCAACCAGCUCGCACUCAUGCCUGAAGAGUCCUACCUACCAGCAGAACUAGCCGAGUACGAGAUGAUGCCGUCUCCCUGGAGUUAUCCUCCUCGCCGCGGGGAGGCGCCCCCGUCCUACCACUCCCGGCAGGACUACUACGAGAACGGCACGGACUCCGCGUCCGUGAGAACGCCGCUCAGACGCUCCAACGCACCGUCAGAAAUCGACGUCGACCUUUAGACGCCUUGAUUGACGUAGCCUUAACAGAAUUCUCCGACUGGACAACAAAGUGACCAUGAGAAAAGAGCGUCACCCCUUUCAACGAUGUCAACAAUAGUGCUAAAGAGUCUGUAAUUCGUUUCUGCAUUUUCUCUGCUUCUAAUCGGUUAGAUGACUUUAUAUAGUUAAAACCAUAUACAGCCGUUUUCUAUGAUUACAAAUAAAAAAUUGUGGUAGAUAUUAAAACCUUUUGAUAUUUGGGUAGAUACUAGCCGAUUUCUGAUUGGUCAAGAAUUCGUGAAAACAAAUUAGCUAGCGCGCGAUUGGUUAAGAAUGACACACAGCUGGAAAGUUGUGCAGCUAGCUGACUUCUUAUUGGUCAAGCAAACCUCUUCAUAGGAUAGCUGACUCCUGAUUGGUUAGCAGUGUAUGAUGUCAAACUCAUUCCGUAUACACCUGUUUACUUGUUUUAUAUAAUUUGCCUUCACAAAAGAAGAAACUCUUCGGCGACAGCAAUGCAAUUUUGCAAUUUUUAAAAUCUAUGUGCUAUGUUUCAAUGCAGAGUUUAAUAUAAAGGUACAUUUCGUUUUCUUGAAGUAUUAUUUGGUAUU